CUCCGUUUAACCAGCAGAAGGAAGUAUGUGUGAAUGUGUGUGUGUUUGUGUGUGUGAAGUCUGAGAAACCAGCCUGCCUUGCAACACCUCCAACCUACCAUAUAACUGUCUCCCCCAUAACGCAGUUCACCAAGCACCAACCUGUCUGGUGUUCAAGUUUGUACUCUGUUGCCCGGCAACCAGCCCCAGCAGCCCAGCCUUGGCCGUUGCCCCUAGGAACCAGCCCAUCUCCUGGUGAUCCCCCAGCCCAGCUGCCAUGUCGACUCCCGAUCCAGUCCAUCCCACUUCGGUCCGCCUCCGGGUCUUCUCCCUCAACUGCUGGGGGAUUCGCUACCUGAGCAAACACUGUGCUCAGCGCUAUACCAUGAUCGGAGACCUGCUGGCCAAGGAGCAGUAUGACGUGGUGUUACUCCAGGAGGUUUGGAGUGAGAAAGACUUUGAUGCUUUGAGAAAGAAGCUGGCCAGCAGCCUACCGUACGGCCAUUACUUCAAAAGCGGAGUCAUAGGGAGCGGGCUGGCUAUCUUCUCCAAGCACCGGAUCCAGGACACCUUCCGCUACCGGUACUCCCUGAACGGAUACCCCUACAUGCUCAACCACGGGGACUGGUUCGGGGGCAAGGCGGUGGGCAUGGCCGUGCUGAACAUCGGCAACACCACGGCGCACUUCUACGUCACGCACCUGCAUGCAGAGUACAGCCGGGAGAAGGACUCCUACCUGCCCCACCGUGUGGUUCAGGCCUGGGAGCUGCAGCACUUCAUCCGCUACACCUCGGCCGAGGCAGACCUGGUGGUCCUGGCGGGGGACUUCAACAUGCACCCCAUGGACCUCGGGAACCGGCUGCUGAGGACCUACGCAGACCUGAGGGACGCCUACGUGGAGACCCCCAAGUUUGACGGAUGUGAAGACGGGGGCACGAUGAUCGCAGAGAACCCCAACAACGACAUGGUCCCCCCGGAGAAGGGCAUCAGGAUAGACUACAUCCUGUUCAAGGGUUCCUCCCGGCUGGAGCUCCACUGUGAGUCCAUGUCCACCACCAAGGGCAGCGUCCUGGACCACGCCUUCCCCUACUCGGACCACGAGGCCCUGACCGCUGAGCUGAGGCUGGACCGGGUCGCCCAGGACGGGGUCUCCCAGGACGGGUCCAAUGGAAUGGGCCCACUGGCCAGGGGGUCAGACCGCACCGCAGGCAAGCUGGCGGAGCUGGUGGACAUCGUGACGGAGGCGCGCACGGAGGUGAAGGUGGGGCUGCACUGCGCGCAGGGCAUGUGCUACACGGCCGCCCGCACCGGGGUCAUGGGGCUGGUGCUGCUGCUGCUGGAGCUAGCCAUCGCCGCCGUGCCCUGGCUGGCACUAGGGGCCCCGGGGCCCUUCCCCAGCGUCUCCUUCUACCUGCUGGGGGCGCUGUGCUUCCUCAUCCUGCUCACCACCGCCCUGCUGUACCUCUUCUACACCAUGGAGAUCAAGAGCCUGCAGGAGGCCGAGGACCAGAUGAGGCAGGCCGUGGGCUGCCUGCAGGAGAGGCUCCGGGGCUUCCCUCUGGCCUCGCCGGGGCCCCCGGGGAAGGAGAGGAGGCCGGGCGGUGUGGGGCCCGAGGAGUGAGGGGGGGAUGCGGAGAGGGGCCCCGGAUCGGGGAGGGGAGGAGUCCGUGGAGGAACACCGCAGCACUGAAUGUGAUGGACGCGUUGGCAGGGGGAAAACAGGUGGAGACGUGGGACUUUUAUUCUGAAAAUCAACAGGCGGAAAUGUAGGACUUUUAUUCUGAAAAUAGCACAGGUGGAAACGUAGGGUUGUGUCAUUCUGAAACACAGCCCAGAUGGAAAUGUAGGACUUUUAUUCUGAAAAAAUGCAGGACAUAGGAUGCUUUUCUGGCUUCUGUAGUUCAUAUUCACACUUAAGGACUUGCCUCUGCUUCUGUAGUCUAUUCCCAUUCUGCACGUAUUAUCGACCAGUUUAUUUGUGUAAUAAUGUUUAGGAGCCCCUUCCAUUCCAACAAAUAACACUCGUCUUUUCGUUUGGGACCAAUCAUCUAAUACUUAAUUAUAUUUGCAUAUUUAUUUAUUUUCUACACUAUAGUCAUUUGGGUAUACUAAUUAGGGAAACUCUCCAAAUAUGUAGUCAUCGAAGGAGGCAAACAUUUGUCACCUCAAUUUUGGUUAUUUACCUUAACUCAACGUUUUCGUCAGUUGCUGUUUGCUGAUUGGUUGAAAUGAGUGGCAUGUGACGUAACCGUGUGCAGCUCAAAGUCUUUUCACAAAAGCCAGCAAAUCGCUUAAAGAAAUUACAAUUGCCGUCUUUCACCAGAGAUGGCGCUGUUGCUUAUGAUAUUAUCUUACUGCUAGGGCAAAUCAUUUCAUUCCCACAUCUGGGAUCUAAGUGAACACAUAUUAACUAUUUUCAACGUAGGGAGAGGAGACAGACUGUGGUUGGCAUUCCAAACCGUUGGAAAGACGUGUGUGUGUGUGUGUGUGUGUGUGUGUGUGUGUGUGUGUGUGUGUGUGUGUGUGUGUGUGUGUGUGCGCGCACUUCCAAGUAAUGUGCAGAAUGGGCAGCCUUUCCAUGAGUCUUGGUAGGAGAGUCCAGACCAUCUGUUGUCUUCUAUCAUCACAUGCAGCAAUUAGACAACAGGCUGGAGAGGGCAGGACAGGACAGGACAGGACAGGACAGGACAGAGCAGGGCUGGCUAGAGGCUUACUAGCUCUCCAUUGUUUCAGUCUUACUUUCUUUUGUAUAUAUAAAUGAUAAAUGAGCUCUGUGUGUGUGUGUGUGUGUGUGUGUGUGUGUGUGUGUGUGUGUGUGUGUGUGUGUGUGUGUGUGUGUGUGUGUGUGUGUGUGUGUGUGUGUGUGUGUGUGUCUUUUUAGUGUGUGUAAUCUUCAACAUUGACAGGUUGAAGAUUACUUUGUUGAUUUUUUUGUUGUUUUUCUGUGAGAUGAAGGCUCGUCAAUUUGAACGGUGGAAAGUCCAGAGAGUUGACGGAUGCAAUGUGUUGAUGUAGGGUGGAAGUCUGUGAGGUGGUUGGAUUUCUUUGUCUGGUUUGACCUGGAGUGAAACAUUUGGUGUAUUGAGGCUGUCCUCCAAAAUGGGAGGACUUAUUCAAACAGCAACGGAUGUAGCCAAGUCGUUUUUCUGGUUUAGUUUGACUCUCCUCAUAUUUUACCAGGGUUCUACUUUGGAGAUGAAUGUUUGGAGCUUUUUGGCUGCGUGUUGGGGUACCAUUGACUGGUCCAGUGAUAUAGAUUGCCUGCAAAUCGAGAGAUUCAUCCAAACAAUGUUUGGUGGUUUGGAGCAGAGCCAUUUAGAUUUCUCUCUAAAUAGCUCUGGUUUGGAUAUGACUUCGGAGUGGGCUCAGUAGUGCCCCCGGGUGGACCCCUGCUUGUGGGCUUAACGAAGAAAGCCGAUGGCUAUGUCCCGGGUUGCAUGUAGUCAGUAUUUGGGUCGUGUAGAUCCGAGGACGUUGUCAGUGGGGCUGCUUCGUUAUCUGGAUCAGGCUCGGUGUACUGUAGGAGGUCUUACUGCCCAGUAUCUGCGCUGAGACGAAUAGCGAGCAUUCUUUCAAUAGGUUUUCCGGUGUUACUGAUGAUGGGGCUAGGGGGGGCGUAGUGAGGCGGUCAGUUAGUGGGGAGUCGCGGUCUUGGUGGAUUGUGCCUGUUUCCGUUAUCCCUGGUGCAGGGACUUAGACUGCGGGGGAGAACGUUGUGAGGAAGCUUGUUUCGGAAUGUGAUACUUCCGAUAAGAAGACGGUUGACGUUUAUUGUGACCGGGGGCCAUGUUUUCAUCGUGGCCCGGCUGUACCUUCACCUCCGGACUGGUGAUGACCUUAAUGAGUGGAUGAUGCUGUUUGCGAUGCGUUCAUAGUCCGCUACCGAACCAGGAGCUACCAGGGGACAGCCCCUCUGCCUGUCCUCUCUUUGCGUGAUGUCAUGUUCAGGGAGACAUCACCCAAUGGGGUUUAAUAGUCGUCGUUAUGACUAGAACGCAGGAGGAGGAGAAUCAAUCAUCAUCGUUGUCACAUUGAAGUUAAUACGUUGAAAAAUAAUGAAGUUAAAUUGGUUAAAUGUGUACGUCGUUCUCCAUUCAAAACUGUAACGGAACAUAAUUAUGUUUCCUUAUUCCUCGAAUACUGAAGUUUAUCUGAGACUACGCCUUUAUUAUAAAGGAGGAUCAACAAAAUACUAUUUAUGAAAGGCGAGAUGGAGACACGCUUUGUUUAGAAAAUUACUAACAAUGUUUGCUUUUCAAAAUCAAUUACAACAAUAAAAAUACCGAUAUAUCAAUGAACAGACCAAUUAAACGAGCGUUAAUGUUAUUCAUAAAAACAGUUGCAAUAACAUAUUUACUGUUACUCAUGCUGAAUCACUUAUAAUUAAAAUAUUUAAUUCUG